CCGAUACUCAUCGUUUCAUUAAACGCAAGAUGGGUUUCGUUGGGCCUUUACGUCAUGGGCUCUGAUUAAUCUGCCUGCAUCCGGCCCAGAGGAUAUGUGCUUCUAACCCUAAUUGCUCGAACGAGAGUCUACGCAUCGUCUCUCCCUUACUGCGACGGCUACGCGUGAUACUUGAGCUGCUUUCACUGGCUGUAACGGCCAGAGUUGUUGCAUCGUCUUAAUCAAUGCGCCCACUACGAGUCUUCAAUGCACCGUUCGUAUCUCCUAUGGGUGUUGAUCUGUAUAAAUAUACCGGCAAGUGCUCUUCCGUCGUCGAGGCGCGUCUGCUGCGGUUCUGGGAGGUGAGGAAUGUCAAACGCGGCGGUGAGCUGAUGUGGGUCGACAUGCUCCUUAUGGACGUGAAUGCGACUAUAAUGCAAGCCACCAGCAACGCUAACCGGCUUUCAACAUUCCGUGAAAGGCUCUCCGCCGGAACCAUGUAUUCCAUCUCCGGCUUUGUCGUGGCUCGAUGUGCUCAGAACUUCGAGCUUACCGACUCUUCUUUGAUGAUUCGGUUCAACGAUUCAACCGAAUUUGACGUGCUAACCGAUCCGGUAUCUCCCUUACCUGAAGAAGGGUUUCGGUUCCGUAACCAGACCGAGCUGGUUGGAUUGGCUAACACGAACAAUCAGCUUCCAGAUAUCAUAGGUGAGAUCAGUGCGGUGAAGAGCACCGUGAGUGAACCUCCGGAGGAUAAAAAAUCGUGUCAUGGUGACGGUCAAACUGGAAAACCUAUUCGACUGUCAAGCUGUUUUGUUUCAAAGGUGAUUGUUGCCACGAACAUCAAUCCGAAGAUGAUUGGAGGUCAUUUGUUUCUCAACGCAACAUCAGGGACGCAUGUUUAUUUUGAUAAGGAAACCAAUGCAAGAGAAUCUUUCUUCUAUAGAUUGGUGGCUAGGGACACUGGUCUUACACCUGCUGCACCACUACUGAGGGCAUAUGCAAAGGUCGAGUCUAUGACAAUCUCCGAGCUAAACAAUUUUGUCAUCACUGCUCCAUCACAGGAAAUCGAUUUCUUAUGCACUGGAAGGGUCUCGAGCGUUGACGCGGACAAGGGGUGGUGUUAUGUUGCAUGCUCUAAAUGCAGUAGGAAGUUGCAGCGCUCUGUCGCUGCGUUCGAGUGUGCGCGAUGCAAUAAUUCUCACGCUGUUGGAUCUCUGCGUUAUCGUGUCGAGAUGGUGGUAGCGGAUGAAACCGCCGAAGGGACAUUCGUCUGUUUCGAUGGUGUGAUGACGAAGUUACACAAUCUCAGAGCAAGUGAGGCUGGUCAGAUGUUGGCUGAAGAAGGUGUCAAUCCUGAAGACUCUAUUAUGCCUCCUUUCAAUGCUGAUAUGGAUGGCAAGACUUACACUUUUCAAGUUAGAGUCACAGCGUACAACUUCACUGUCAAUCAUCAAUCAUUCACCGUCUCUCGCAUCAUCAAUGAGAUUGAGCGCGUUCCAGCCCCUGACUUUGUCGAUAAUGUAGGGGAUGAUGAUGAUGAUGAUGAUGAUGAUGAUAAGCCAGAUGUCAAGAAAGGACAAGGAAAGUCUGCAUCCGGCGAUGGCGUUUGUGAGGCAUCAAAGAAUGCUGGAAAGGAUCCAGUUCGUAAUGCGCAUAAGAAGGUGAGUGUUGCUUGAGACGAACUGUCGAUGAUUAUGUUUUUGUGUUUUGAGUUUUAAUAAUGUUUCGAAUUUUAUCUAUUUUGUUGUCUUAUCUAUCUAUGUUUUGGAAUUCUCCUUUUGUGUCUUUUUUUUUGUCUCUUCCUUUGUGGAUUUAUGUGUUUCAGUGAUCAACCUGUCUAUUUUCUUAUUAUAAAUGAGUGAUUUAUC